GAGAGACUGGGAGGAGUGCUGAGAGAGAUCAACCACACUCAUAUUCAUCCUCUCUGUUGUCUUCUGUUCGCUUUAGUGGGUUAGGUGAGGCAGAAAUGCUCUCCACCGGCACGAGGCAAAGGUCACCCCGGUGAGAUCUGUUCGGAUUAUAUUGAACACCAAUGUCCCGGUCCUAACACCCGACAGCCAACAGUGGAAUAAUCGGGGUGAACACUCACCUGUGGAUGAUGUAUCAAGGUGUAGCGAUGUCCACAACCCAUGGGCCCGCGUCUUACGAUCCCGGUUUCCUUCAUAAUGCCGCAUCGGCGGCAACUUCACCGGUCUAUGUUCCUACCACCCGGGUGACCCCGAUGAUUCCGGCCCUGCCGUACCUCCAGACGUCCCAACAGAGCAGCCCCGUGUCCGGGCACGCGGCUUGGACGCAGCCGGGCGUGGAUUCUGUAAGCUCUUAUAACUCUGCCAGUGGGCACCAUCAGUCCCCGGUGUCUAGGUUUACCUUUUCUACGAGCCCUCCGUUGACCUCCGGGGUCGCAGCAACCCGGGAGACAACCACCUACCCGAGUCCGUUGAAUAUCUCCAGUAACGGGCGGGAGCAUUAUGGGUCCCGGGGAUUGAGUGGCUCGUAUCACGGCGGGUACCCGGCCUACGUGAGCACGAACAUUGGAGGCACCUGGGCGGCGUCGCAUUUCGACAGCUCCGUGCUGCAUAGCCUGCAAACCGGCGGACCGGCCAAUGCCACGAGACACCCGAAUUUAGAUUUGUAUGAUGAUUUCGCAGAAGGUCGUGAGUGUGUGAAUUGUGGGGCGAUGUCCACCCCACUGUGGCGGCGUGAUGGGACGGGCCAUUACCUGUGUAACGCCUGUGGACUCUACCACAAAAUGAAUGGAAUAAAUCGGCCUCUCAUUAAACCUCAAAGACGAUUGUCUGCCACCAGACGAGUGGGUUUGUCCUGCACUAACUGUCACACAACCACAACAACACUGUGGAGACGCAAUGCAGAGGGCGAGCCGGUCUGUAACGCCUGUGGCCUUUACAUGAAACUGCAUGGGGUUCCUCGUCCUCUUGCUAUGAAAAAGGAAGGUAUUCAGACUCGCAAACGCAAACCCAAAAAUAUCAACAAGUCCAAAUCUGGGUCUUCUGACUGUGAUGGUCAGACGUCCAGUGCUGUGACCUCCAGCCCCACAGAAGAACCAAGACCAAUCAAAACUGAACCGGACACAUUAUCUCUCUACUCACAUCAUAAUAUGCACACACAGGUCUCUGCGAUUCCUAUGUAUAUGGGAACCCAAAGUGGAAAUUCAGCUCUAAAACUUUCUCCAAGUGGAUCUUCCACCCCUAAGAGUGAAGCGUGGAACAGUCUGAUUCUAGCUUAACUAAGACAUGAACAUAACUCCUAACAGUGCUUCAUCUAAUGCCAGAAAUCCUAGAUGAUGUGGUGAAGGAGCAGUGUUGGAUUCAGGAUUCGAUGAUGUCAUCAAGGAUUCAAAUAUGCAAAAUAACUUAAAGCUUCAGUCCCACGGUAGAUCAUGAGAACAUUAUUUUGGAAAUGUCUUUGUGUCUAUCUGCCACCUAGAAGAACGGCAAACACCUAGCUAUGCCCUAGCAACCACCCAGAACACCAUGGCAACCAGCUGACAUUGUGAUGUACAGCUGCACAGCUGCAGGAAGCAGUACUUGCAUAAUCUGAAUUAAAAAAAAACUCUACAUUUUGCAAUUCUGUUUGGUGCUACUUAACUGCAAACUUUGAAAGGACCAUUCACAGAAGGUCAAAGCACUCCUGCUGCAUAUGAAUAAAUCUUUCAAGUCUAAAGAAUUGAUUUACAGCCUGUAUCUGCAGGGAGAUACUUGAUAUUAUUGAUCAUAUUUAUGAUCCGUGAAGCUCAUCAGAUGUUUUGUUGAUUCAUAUCAAUUUUAGCUCAUGCUUUUGUAUUUUAAGUCCAGUCUGGGGUUUGCAAAAACUGUGAUAGCAACUAGGGAUGCAUAACGAUUAAUCACGAUUAAUCUAUAGCAGAAUAAAAGUUUUUGUUUACAUCAUAUAUGUGUGUGAACUGUGUAUAAUAAUUAUUUAUUUAUAAAUAUUCACGCAUGAAAGAAUAUAUAUUUAUAUAUUAAGUAUUUAUAUAUAAUAUAAAUUACACAUAAAUAUACAAAUGUAUAUACAAAUUUCAAAAAAUAAUCAACAUUAUUUAUACAAAUUUAUUAUACACAGUUCACACACACACAUAUAUGAUGUAAACAAAAACUUUUAUUCUGCUAUAGAUUAAUCGCAAUUAAUCGCUAUGCAUCCCUAAUAGCAACCAAGAUUACCUGACCAUUAGGUCACAACAAGCUACUCUCAUCAUCACCGGCUUUCUUCUAUGCACAAGAGUCCUCAACAAAAACAACUAGCAUUUCCUGUCAUGGCAGUAACUACCCUAAAACAUGUUUAAUCACACAAAAUUUACUUCUGUCUGAAUUUCUAUAAUUGCAAUUUUAUCUUGUAUUUAUUAGUAACCAAGGUUAAAGUGUUUUUUUUUAAUAAAGAGGAAGAAAAGUCAAAAGAAAUUUACUUAUGAACCAUAAAGUUGAUUUCCCCUUAUAAACAUGGUUAGCUUUUCUCGUUUGCCUGUAAAGAAAAUUAAUUUGACAUGUAAUUCUUUGCUUGUAACAUUUUGUAGUAAUGUAAUGUAUUUAACUAUAUCUAAAACAAUUCACUCCAUGUUUAUCUAUUGUGCUACUCAACGUAUCUGUGCAUUAGAUCAAUUGUUUGCCACUCAAAGUUAUAUUUUCCUUAAAAGAAAACAGUAAAGGUUUUUAUGUACCCUAUCUGUAAGUGUUCAAUCAUUGUGAUGAACAGUUUUAAUAAUUAAAAUAUUAAAACUUUGCCUAAUUA